UAAUAAUAUUUUUAAAUAACUUCAAAAAUAUUUGCAAAAGUAUAUUAAAUACAUAUAUAUUCACACACAAAAAGAAAACCCACAAAAAAAAAAACCAAACAAACAAACAAAAACUUUGCCCACAGUCUGGUUAUGGACUGACUAAAUAAAAAAUGUGUUACUACACUUUAAGUGCCAAAAAGCAAUUCACAUCAAUUGUGGAAAAAAUAGAAUAUCAAAAGUCCCUAAUCAUUUUAGUGUCCAUAAAGACAGGACCAUUUAUCUUAAUGGAUAUUUUAAACUCAAUACUGUGUGAGGAUAUUGUACUCAAAAAAUUGUCUGUGGGUAUAGUAUUUAGUUUUAGUCUAUUUCCAGAUUAAAUGUAGAAGGCUCCUUCAAGUCACAAGUAGGUGGUUUUUUUUUUAAGUUUGUUUAUUUUUGUUUCUUUUUGUUUUAAAAUCCAUAUGAAAUUAUGAAUCCUCUAUCAUCAAAAAUUAGACUAAAGAUUCUUCAGGAAAAGCCUGCCUACUUUUAGAACUGUAUUAUUCCUUCAAAUUACGUUGGCAGUGACCCUCAUGUAAUGCUUUGUUUCCGGUAUGGUUAUGAAGAUUUAAUGACAACAUAAUUCUCUCUGCAAGUGGAACUUAGCUAGUUAGCUCUUUUAUUGAUGAUGCACAAAAACGGAUUGGAGUUAAGCUAUUUUUAUUAAGUACUUGGUUCUGCAUGGCUGAUAGGAAUAAAAAUUAAAGACUGUCAUUCAGUCAAGGGCAAGUGGAAGUGAAUAUGCAAAAGAAAGAAAACCUUUCAUGUCGUUUUUUGACAAAAAUUUGAUUUUGAACUGUUUCUUUAAAACUGAGUACAGUUUUAUAUAUUAAUAUAAAAUGUAGUUAAACUAAUUUGAAAAAAGUUCAAGAAGAUUUUUUAAAUGAAUACAUAUUUUUUUUAAAUAUUAGAAAAGCUCUCUGGAAUCUUCUAGGAUUUUUUUAUCUUCCGUCCGUCCUUCCGUCCGUCCUUCCUUCCUUCCGUCCGUCCUUCCGUCCGUCCUUCCGUCCGUCCUUCCGUCCUUUCCUUCCUUCCCUCCCUCCCUCCUUCCUUUCCUCCUUCCCUCCUUCCUUUCCUCCUAAAACUUUCCAUUAUGCCCAUGUAGCAUUUCCUUUUCAGUUUAAGAUGGGAGAACAAGGUGUGCUAACUGAAAAGCCAAUCAAAGGCUGACCUGCAAGGCAUGGGUCUGCUGAGCAUCAUGCAGAUGCAAGGACAAUCCUGAGAAAUAAUCAGUAAGAUUUUACGUUCCUGGAAUCAUGAUAAAAUCAAGUUUUAUACAUUGGUGCUAAUUUUGGGGAGCGGGGAGGAGUGUUUGAUUUCCUACUAGUUGGUUUUCUUGAUCAUCCACAUCACAGAUGUGGUUCAAAUUGUUUGAACUUGACAGGUGUGAAACAUAAGAGUUGCAUUAAUACAGACCUAAUUUCUUUGCUAUGGUAGUUAAACACCACAAAGAUAAGGAAUAUCUAAGUUCAGGAUUAAGAUUAAGCUUAAGUUAUAUUUUUUCAACAGUAAAUAUUGUUGUUAUACAAAGAGGAGGACCUCAAAUGAGGGGUGGAAUAAUUAUUAAAACACAGGCUUAUAGUGGAAUAUGUAUCAGUCGCUGUCGUAUUUACUAAAAGCAUUCAGAGAACUGAACCACAGUAUAUGUGAUGAAAGUAUUUAGACAGUUCCUUCAUGAAACUAAUUUCUACUUGUAGCUUUGUAGGGGUCCCUGGCAGGUUACGUGUGUGAAUCUAGAGACGGUCGAUAUUCCUUGAGAAACCUCAUCUUGUAAUCUGCUCGUUGUUCUUGGAUUUCACUGUACUGUUGAUAUUCCGUCUUUUGUUUCAGUUUCUUUCCCUGUGGAUUCUCUUCACGUGCUAUUUACACAGUUUAUUUCACAUACGUUUGCCCUUCAUUUUUAUGAGGACUACAAAGGUCUUGUUGAAAUUGCUCUAGCAAAUGCUUUUCAGCUGGUGCUGGCAGAAAUAAUUGUGUACAUCACUUGAAAGCACAAGUGCUUCAACGUUAGCGACCAAUUAUUUCUAUCACCAGGUAGCCAGCUAAUGGUGGAGAGGUCAUUUGUCAUGGAAAGAUCUGAUCAGGCUGCACUGCUUUCUUUGUAAGGUGUUUGAGUCUUACUCUAUUGUAGAAUGUUUCAAACCCUGCAAGUAUACUCUGAAGAGAAUAUCAGAAAGAUACAGUCAGCCAGAGUUCACUGAAAAUAUUUAAAAAAACAAUUUAUUUACAGUUUUUCCUUUUAGGGCAAAAAAGAAAAAAAGGAAAUGACAUUUUUCAUGAGGAGCUACAGACAGACUGAGCAACUUAAAUCCCAGUAUCUAAACCUAAAAGUAAUCUGCUGCUUUCAGCCUGCUUUAUUAGUAGGAAAGAAACUCACCUGAAGAGUUUUGCCUCAUUCAAUCUUAAAUCUAUAUUACAAGAAGUUUGCAUGCUGUCCUUCAUAUAUUUAGCUGUUUUGCACCUUUUUUAUGUGAUGGACUUAAUUUUGCAUUAAUCCAUCACAUUUAAAGUGAUAGACUUUAAUAUAAAGUGUAUUAAGUAUUGGUGAUAGGUGGAUGGUUGGACUAGAUGAUCUUGGAGGUCUUUUCAAACCUUGGUGGUUCUACAGUUCUCUGAAAACCUCCUCCCUUUUCUUGUUUUUCUUAGCUGUUCUACUCUAUUUGCGAGGUUGCUGGAUUGCAACAGAAGUCACAGAAUCUCUCUUAGGAAAUGAGAUGGUUGCCAUGACAAUGCUCCCAGCUGUUUCUUGUCCCAGAUGAGAAAAUCAUUUUUAGACUCACAUGUUUCAAAGUUAGGCUACAAUAUUUAAACUGAACUGUUUAAAUAAUAACUUAAUAGUUAACUGAUUCAAAUCAGAGAUCAACCCAUGGUCUACUGAAAAUCUUGGUGCUGACAUUCAGUUAAAACUGUUGAAUAGAAUAUUUGUUCUGUUACUUACCAAGUAAUUUAACUGGUUUUAUUGUUGUUCUUGUUUUUAUUUGUUUCUGAUUAGAUACCUGAGGUAAAGCUGGUGUAUUGACAUGAAGAAGAUUUGCAUGUUACUGAAUUUACUAAAUUAAACCCAGCACUUGGAGGACAUAACCAAAAACCCAGGGAAAGGUGGUUCAUUUGGGAGAGCUGCAGGACAGGUCGUAUGCCAGAAUUGUCCUGCUACUGGCCUGUUUCACAACGGCACACAGCCAGGCACAGCAGGGGUAGGAAGUGCUCAAACUGGGCUGCAGAUUGGAUCAAGGAGUACAAAUGUGUUGGCUCAUCUUGACUCUAGUUUAGACAUCAUCUAGAAGUCAUCCAGAUAGACAACACAACCUUCAGGUGCAAUAUGUCAGAGCAAAGUCCACCAGAGUAAGCACAGUGUGAAAUAAUGAAGAUGCAAUUUUGCUACCCUUCUACAUUUGAGAUAGUGUGCUGGAGCUGAUUUAUUCACCUGGACUUCAGUAGCAGGCAAAGUACAACUGUAGAGUAUGAGCUCAUACAGCCGUGUGUACUUGUUUCUUCAAGCUUCACUGAAGAGGUAAGGUGCCUUCCUAAUGCUGUUUUCCUCAGUUGCUUUCUUAAUAACUUAUAAUACCGUUUUUCUAUUCUAAAACUAAAUAGAUCUGUAAAGCAUUUCAAUGGGCGCUAUAAAUAUGAGGGAAGAAAAAAUACCGACUUGCUCAAAAAUGCUAAAAGAGAAACAGCUAACCUAGAAGCUCUGGAUCCAAAUACAGAUUUCCUAAAGUUUUAUGAUGGUGGUAGGGUAGGUUUAGAUUUACAGUCAUUUCUAAUAAUAAUAAUUUUUAAAAUAAUAAUAGAAGCUUUCAGUGAAAGGGGUACAUGACAGUAGGAAAUGCAAACACAACAGAACUUAAGUGCUGUAGGGGAAACCGUGUGCUGAAUUUCAUGGCAAGUAAUUUUUUUUUACAGUCUCUCAAUGUCAAAUAACCAGCUUUGGAUGUAAUAGGAAAUUGUAUGUUAAUAGUAUAUCAGAAUUAUUAUUGUAUAGCUGUAAGUAGAAUAAGCAAAUUCUGUUUGGCUGGUUUUCUGUCUGGUAAGUAUAAGAAUUAAUUCUCAAGCCUGACUUCUAUUACAGUCGUAUAUUUUGAACAUUUUAAAAAAUGUGCUCAACACUUUUUCACUCUGGAAAACUGUUUACUGGAUCUGCUGCUGAAUCCUUAGAUUCGUAAGGAAUGUGGCUCUGUUGCAAUGUAAACUGCUGUGGAGAAAGGAGCUGGCCUAUAUAGGCCCUGUGCUGACGCUGGCAGGAAAUAAGUUCUGACCAAAGAGCUGCUUGCUAGAGAUACACGCUCAGCCUUCAUCUAAAGGGUUUGGCUAAACUUGAAGCAAAUUUGACCUUGGAGAGCAUGGGAAAUGUUAUCCCUAUUCAGUUUGAGCUUACUCUGAUACAGAAGUUCCUCUUCAGUCAGACUGGAAUUUGCUUAGGUGAGGACCCCAAUAACAGCCUUGAGACUUCUUUCUGUGUUGGAUGAAGAGUUACUAAAGAUGUAACCCAAAAAGGAGGACAAAAUGAGGCUCAAAACUCUUUUGACUCUAUAUAUUGAACCCCUGUGUGUCUCGAAGAGACUGAAGAAAAGUGGAAAAGUUCCUUUUUCCUUUGUUUAUUGAGCUUUUCUUUUUCCAGAUCUGAUUUAAGCCUGUGAGUUAAGCCUGUGACCUGUUCUUUACAGCUAUGGAUGGAAAUUCAUCCAGAACAUAGUCCAGAAUUGCUGAAGUGAGUUCUCUAGUCUAUGGGAAUAUUCACAGUACUAGGAAGGCAUGGGAUUGAGUGCUGUUUGAACUACAGAGAGUUGGCAGAGCUAGUGCUCCUGUUUGUGCCAGCUUGUCCAUCAGUGCCUCUGCUUCAAUACAAUUUACACACAUGGGGAAUAAGCAACUUCAGUUCUGAUAAAUAUGUCUUUUUAAGUUAUGUCAUUACAUUAUUUUCUGUUGCGUUUUAUCACAGAUAAUUAGGUUGUUUUUCUUCGUCUAUCAUGGCACAAGGUAAGAGAGGUGAGGUGCAAUGUAAGUGACACAACACAGGACUCCACGUCAGAACAACCACCAGCUAGAAGUAGUGUGAAACAUCAGGAAAGGGAGAUGCUCUUGAAAGACGGAAGAAGCCAAUUUUGACAGAUGCUCACUAUAUUGAAACCAGGUGUUUCAAUACCUUUCUCCUGAAAGAGAGAGAGUUGUACUAAAGGUCGUAAACCUUUCCAUUUUCAAUUGCAGUCUGUAUUAUAGCUGUGAUUUGCUGCAGGAGGACUGACUCAGAAGGAGGAUGCUGUUGAAGAGUUCAGCAGGAUUGGUUCUGAUCUUGCUCUCUCAUUGCACCAUGUCGGUGACCACCAAAGAGGCAGUGGUCUUGGCUAAUGCCCACCUUCUCUCUCAAAGAGGUUAUGAUAGACUGGCUAACGUCAAUGAAAAAGACUACCUAAGGGAUUGUUUUGAGAUUUUUCAGCGCUCCAAAGGAAAUGCCAGAGAUGGUCUUUACAUCAUCCAACCAAAGGAAGACCUAAUUGUUGUCUCUUGUAACAUGCAGGAUGGUGGCUGGACAGUAAUCCAGCACAUUACAGCCAACAGUACUGUUGACUUUGAUAGGACAUGGCAGGAUUACAAAUAUGGUUUUGGCUCUGUUCAUGACAACCACUGGUUAGGAAAUGAGUACAUGCAUCAGUUAACUGGUGGCUCUGUGAAAUAUGUACUUGGAGUUAAACUUGUAGACCUAAACGCUGAAAUCAAAUGGGGACAGUAUGAACCAUUCCGUAUUGAAGAUGAAGAGGCUCAAUACCGAAUCAGGGUCGGCCUAUACAAAGGCAAUGCUACAGAUGCUCUGACUCUGGACACAGAAGCUUACCUCCACGACAACCAGAAGUUCACCACCAAGGACAGAGACAAUGACAAUUACUUUCAGAAUUGUGCCAAAUUAGAACACAAUGGUAUUCCUGGGGGAGGAUGGUGGUAUGAUGCGUGUGCUGGGGCAAAUCUAAACCGUAGGAAUGUGAUAUACUGGCAGAAGGACUGCAACAAGAAGCAUUUGUGCAAGUUUUCAUGGAUGAUGGUCAAACCCAUUGACCACAGCCUACCAUAUGCAACUAACUCUUGUUCAUGUCAGAAGGAGGAACUGUAGCUAUUAAUCCAGAGUGGGUAGAAGUGCAUAUGUCCACUAAAUAUGACAGAGUAAUUUGAAGAAAGAGGUGUAUAAAUAUUUUAAUUCGAUAAGAAGAUUUUAGAAAUCCCAAACUGUGAAGGGUUGAUUGGAAACUGUUUCCUACAAAAGGUAAGGAAGUGUUUUACAAAAUUCUAUUCAAAAUACAGAAUAUGGUAACAGUCUGCAGGUAUUCAAUUCUGAGUUUCAAACUGAGUAUCCAAUUCCACAAUAACUGUGUUCUAAGAUAAAACACUAUCUUCCAGACUGACAUCAGAUUCUUUAAUUGUUACAAUGACUUCUGAUUUAGAUUUAAUAUACUUACCACCUCCCAGUGCCAUAUUUAUUCUUUCAAGUGUAUGACUGUCCUUAGGGACAUUUGCAUUAAGAUUUAUUAGUUCAGUUAGUUUGACAUAGAUCAUGUAUGGAAUUUGACAAGGAGGCAGUGAUACAGACUUCUUAGAAAUGCUCUGUGUAGGAGAUCAAAUGAUCAGAAUAAUUCAUUAAAUAAUUAAAGUAGGGAUUGGGGCUUUUCAUGAGGCUUGGCUCUAAAACUGGAACAGAAUAUAUAGGGUGAUAAGGAAGUACAAUUAAGGAUUAAGUGCCUAAGUGUAUCUCUGGAUCUCUGGACUCCUCAAGUCCAUAUAACCCAAUGCAGUUCACAUUAUGGGUACAAUUGGGAUGAGGAACAAAACUCCGCAUACAAAAAUACCUUUCAACAAUUAACAGCAAUUAUUAAUUGAAGUGCAUAGAAUAAUUAUAGAUCAGAAUAAUUAUGAUCAGUAACUAAAUUAUAGAAUUAAGUUAAUAAACUAUUCUAUUUUACAGGUUCUUGUAGUAUUUUCUCUGUAUCUCCUUUGGUUUCAGUUUUCCCCUCAGUUCUGACCUCAGUUUCCUUUGUGGGAAAAUUCAAUAUUCAAAAAUAUUUAAGUGUGCUAGGUCUCUGAAAAGCUUAGUUGGGGAUGUAUGUUUAUACAACUAUAUUGAUAAUACAUACAUAGAUAUAUGGAUAUAUAUAUGCAUAUGUAUGUAUAAAUAAAAUGCAAUUUUAAAAAAGUCCUUUUCACAAGACCAUGACCAUAAUCAAUUAAAGGAUCAGUAAAAGGUUCAUUAAAAGAGAAAUACAGAUAACAAGAUUGUUUUACACUGCAGAAGUCCCACAUGUUUAAAGGAAUCUUUAUAGA